AUGCAGAAUGCCCACACGUGGCAGGACACAGGCCUAGGGUCAAUAGACCUCAAGCGAGCUCUCUCUGCUAUAUCCGACAUCCCUGAAUCAUUAUUGCGGGCAGAGCUGCAGCGACGGAAUGACAUUCGAUCCUCAGAUCCGACCAACGGGGCUUCCACCUGUGGCUCAGGGAAGCGAGGCGAUUAUAAUACCGGUCUCCAUGUCAUGGCCCUAUUCUUAAUCCUGGGAUUGAGUACAUUCGGUGAGUCGCAGCCUAGACCUCAACGGGGAUGCCCUGACCGUUCCGGACUCCUCCUCAAAUGCUCCUUUACUGUUUCAAAACGCAUGCUAACGUAUGUUAUCUAUAAUCUUGCAGCUUGCUCAUUCCCCGUCCUUGCACGCCGGUUUCCUGGUCUUCCAAUUCCGCGUCGGUUCCUUUUCAUUUCGAGGCACUUUGGCACGGGCGUUUUGAUUGCGACAGCCUUCGUCCAUCUCCUUCCUACUGCGUUUGUCUCAUUGACCGAUCCGUGUCUGCCGCGAUUUUGGAGCCGGACAUAUCGCGCUAUGGCGGGCUUUGUGGCCAUGGUCUCCGUGUUUGCGGUGGUAUUGGUAGAGAUGUUCUUCGCAAUGAAAGGCGCGGGCCAUGUGCACGGAACGGAUUAUGAUACGCUGAUGGGGGAUAACAACGGCCGCGAUUCAAUGGAUGACUUUCAGAAUAACGAGUCCAGCUAUGGACACUUGGGAGCCAGGAGUCCAUCGGGCAAUGUGUUCAUGGAAAGUCUUCGGCAGAGCGAUGAUCGCGGCGGUGCUGAAAGGACUUCGGGCUCUUCACACGAACUGUUUCGCUCCUCUUUGAGUGCUGCGCGGCCUAAACCUAAAAGGGAGCAAAUUGAUGACGACGAGGAUCUAGAUGAUGACAUCGAGGGUCUUGAUCCCUACGCCGACGACAUCCCAAUCAAUGGCCAAGCACAACAAUCCAUGAACUCUCGCAACCGUCACCACACAUCAGGGGGCGACCUUACUUUCCAAACCCACGAUGAGAUGGGCUCACCGCUGCAAAACCCCCAGCGCCAGCUCUUACAAUGUCUACUCCUCGAAGCAGGCAUUCUGUUCCACAGUAUCUUCAUCGGAAUGGCCCUCAGUGUCGCCACAGGCACAUCAUUCGUGGUCCUUCUCAUCGCUAUCAGCUUCCACCAGACCUUCGAAGGCUUUGCGCUAGGCUCACGUAUCGCUGGACUCAUCCCCGACCUCUUCUCACCCUCAUCUCCAAAACCGUGGCUCAUGUGCCUGGCCUACGGAACAACCACCCCAAUCGGCCAGGCCAUCGGACUAGUCCUACACAAUCUUUACGACCCUGCUAGUGCGACGGGCCUGCUGAUGGUGGGAAUCACCAAUGCAAUUAGUAGCGGGUUACUGCUUUUUGCCGGGCUGGUCGAGUUGUUGGCGGAGGACUUUUUGAGCGAGUCGAGCUAUGCUACCUUGAAGGGCAGGAGGCGUGUCGAGGCUUGUAUUUCGGUCGCUUGUGGGGCGCUUCUUAUGGCCUUUGUGGGCGCAUUUGCAUGA